AUGGAGAUCAUCACGAAGCGCACCGACAACAAGGAGAAGCAGCGCAAUGCCGGCAGCGAGAAGCUCCCGCAGCCGCAGCUCCUCGACUCGCCGCUGCCCACGCCGCGCCGCUCGUGCGCCUCCGCGGACGCGCCCAGCAGCCUGCUGCGGUGCCGCCCCGGCGCCGCCUCGCCGCUGCGGACGCAGGUGCCCUUCUCGUGGGAGAGCUCGCCCGGCGUGCCCAAGGGCGGCAGGGACGCGCGCACGGCGCGGGAGGAGAUGCCGCCACCGAAGCUGCCGCCCGGGCGCUGGCCUCCGCAGUGCCCGGCCGGUAGGACGAACUGGUGCUACACGAGCGAAGGGAGCAGCGACGACUGCGACGCGUCGUCCUUCUCCGACGCCAUUGACCGGGCGUCCUCCUCGCCCGAGCGGAUCGGCUCCUUCGACCGGGUCACGUCCAAGCGCUUCGAGGACAUCUUCCUCGGCCGCGCCGAGAGCUUCGCCGCCCCAGACCGCUCCUGCGGCCGCGCUCUCGCGGCCGCGGAUGGCGCCGACAUCGCGCGCUCGGGCAGACACUCGAUGCAUUGGAGGCGACGCGGCGGCAGUACCCGACACCGCCACGACGACAACGAUAUGGAGCGGCAGAAGAGCCGGCAAAGCAACGACCCCGUGCAGGUGCUGCCACGCGCCGACAUUAUUGCGGCGCGCGUCGAGCAGAUGACCCCCGGAGCCUGCGGGCUGAUGGUGUUCUUCCCCUGGAGCGCGAAGCCGGCGGUCAGCGGGUUCAGGAGCUCCUCGACGCGGCACGGAGCGCCUCGCUCGGGCGCCACUGAUCAUUCGAUCUCUCACAGCCGCCGGAACACUACUCUGCGUGAUGCCCUGCAGGUGGACAACAAGACCGACGACAUUGACGUCCAGGACUCGCCGCCACAGCCGCGCCGAGAGAAGAGGGGCCGCGAGGAACGGCAGGGCGCCCGCGCGUGGGGCGUCUCGUCGCUGCUUCACACGAGCAAGAGGUACUGCACGGAUGCACGGAAGGCUCUGAGCAAGCUAUCCAUCGGAAUGGGCGCGGACAGUGGCAGCAGCCUAAGACUUGGCAGGGACCGGAGCAGCGUCAAGCAGGAUGCCGUCAUGGCCGCCAAGUUGACGAAGCUCAAGAUUAACAGGAAUUAA